CUUAUCACACGUCGGAGAGCAAAAAGAAAAGGAAAUAUUCAAAAUAGAGGGAAAAAAAUGAAGUGUCCAUACUGUUCAUCGGCGCAAGGACGGUGUGCCACCACAAGCUCCGGUAGAUCGAUAACGGAGUGCUCAUCUUGCGGUCGCGUUGUAGAAGAACGGCAGACGCAAAACCAACACCUCUUUCAUCUCCGAGCCCAAGACACUCCUCUCUGCCUAGUCACUUCUGAUCUUCAAACGGCGGCGCAACCGUCUCCAGAAGACGAGGAAGAUCCGUUUGAACCUACUGGAUUCAUCACCGCCUUCUCUACUUGGUCACUCGAGCCUAACCCGAUAUUCGCUCGCUCUUCCCUCUCUUUCUCUGGUCAUCUCUCUGAACUCGAACGAACCCUAGAACUUGCUUCCUCCACAUCGAAUUCUACAAAUUCGAAUUCUUCAACGGUUGUGGUGGAUAAUCUUAGGGCUUAUAUGCAGAUUAUCGAUGUGGCGUCGAUUUUAGGGUUGGAUUGUGAUAUCUCUGAGCAUGCUUUCCAGUUGUUUAGGGAUUGUUGCUCAGCUACUUGCUUGCGGAACAGAAGCGUUGAAGCUUUAGCCACUGCUUGCCUUGUUCAAGCUAUUAGGGAAGCUCAGGAGCCUAGAACUCUUCAGGAAAUCUCCAUUGCAGCCAAUGUACAGCAGAAAGAAAUUGGGAAGUACAUCAAGAUUUUGGGAGAAGCUCUACAACUAAGUCAACCCAUCAAUAGCAACUCUAUAUCAGUUCAUAUGCCAAGAUUCUGUACCCUCCUUCAACUAAAUAAAUCCGCUCAGGAACUAGCAACACAUAUUGGCGAAGUUGUGAUCAACAAAUGCUUCUGCACCCGUAGAAACCCGAUCAGCAUUUCUGCAGCUGCUAUCUAUCUGGCAUGUCAGCUUGAAGACAAACGAAAGACGCAAGCAGAGAUUUGUAAAAUAACUGGACUAACUGAGGUAACCCUACGUAAAGUGUACAAGGAACUACUAGAAAAUUGGGAUGACCUGCUCCCAUCUAAUUACACACCAGCCGUCCCACCAGAGAAAGCCUUUCCCACAACCACAAUAUCCACAACCCGCUCAACAACUCCUAGAGCUGUGGAUCCACCGGAAUCAAGCUUCAUGGACAGAGACAAGCCAUCAGUCAAACCAAUUGACACUUGUGAUCAUACCUACCAACAACUUAAAGGAAAAGAAGAUAAGCAGCCAAAAUUCAGACAGCCUUGGCUGUUUGGAACCGCCAGUGUCAUGAACCCAGGAGAGAUGAUAAGCGAAGCAGGCAAACCUAAUGCUAUGGACUAUGAAAAGCAACAACCUGAUAAGCAGCAGCUAGGCGAUAAGGACACAUUGCCUGUAUAUUUAAGGCAACAUAACCAAUUCCCUUCAAAUCCAUCUCCAUCUACAGGUAUCAACACAAUCAAUUGGUCAUUCCGACCUUCUGGUGUGCCGGGAUCUUCCAUAAACUUGCCUGUUGUUCAUCCGCCAAAGCUGCCCCCAGGCUAUGCUGAGAUUAGAGGCAGUGCAUCUCAAACAGGAAACAAAAACGUUAGUAAUCCUCAUGGAGACUUGUGCUAGAAAAACUAUUAAUGCACAUACUCUUGUAUUGUCUAGUCUUGUAUGCAUCUUGGCUUGUAUACAAAAUAUUUCCAGACUAUGUGAUUGAUUGGAUUUACAGAGCAGCUGCGCUUUUUUUAUGUUGGGCUUUGUAAUAAAUAGCUCAUUUACCAUGGUGGCCCAUUAUUA